AUGCUAUUUUCCAUCCUGGGCUUCGCCUCUCUCCUUCCUCUCACCACAGCAAUUCUACCUUCUCCCCUCAAUCCCCAGCACAUCUUCAGCAACCCAACGAGUCCCCACGACUCGACCUUCCGGAUACCCACUUCCUACGAAUCCGCAGUCCUCGCUCGUCGAAUCCUCCAUCUAACACCCCAUAGCACCCUCUCUACUAUCUUCCCCUCUCCCGAACAUGCCAGUGAACAACGGCCGUCAGGGUUGGGAGGAAUGCCAAUUGGAUUGAUGGACUACAUCGCAGACUGUGAAGACUCUGGAAACCCAACAAUCCUAGCUAUCAACAUUGCUACAUCAUUCAAGAACGUAGCCGCGGGGAGUAACAUCUCAUUGAGUCUGCAAUGGGUACCGCCACACCUACCAGACAAGCGGAUUCAGUCCGAGGGGCCAAGAACAGCAUAUUCUGCUGCGAAUCUUCCUAGAUUUAGCUUGUUAGGCUACCUAGAGAAGAUUGACGAGGCUAAAGGCGCGGAGUUGAAGGAGUGUUUUUUGGAUACGCAUCCAGAUUCGAAGUACUGGUUGCCUGGGAAUAGGAUACAUACUUCUGAAUGGGUGAGGCUGGUAGUGCAAGAUGUGUACUGGGUAGGUGGAUUUGGAGACAGGGCGUAUAUUGGAUGGAUAGACGCUGAGGAAUGGAGAAAUGUCACAAGGAAAGAGUGGGAGGAUGUUAGGCUACCUGGUGAGCACAAAGGGUGGAAGGAGUGGGCUGUUCAGGAGAGGGACUGGGAGUUAUAG